GCUUAAAAUGAAGUAUGUUGGAAUAAUCUGGUGGAUAUAUUUCCUAUCUAUCUUCAUGCAGAUUGUGCAUGCGGAGCAAAGCUUGGCAAUAUCAAUUAUAGAUGCACAAUCAAAUAAUGGAUCAGUCUCAAAGGGUUUUCAUUCUAGAAAGCGAAAUGCCUUUCGUUUGUACGCCGAUUGGGGCUAUACCAUGGAUUCAAACAAACCCUUGAAGCAGGAAUGCCGCUCAACGGGCUAUCAAAAGGACUUUCCUUGGGUGUCUAUUAAGAAGAGAAACCGUUUAAUUCAAGAACCCCGACGGUAUUUAAAGGAUCUGCGUAGUGAGAUGUAUGAAAAAGCGGAUGCUGAGAAAUGCCAUCAGCCGGAAAUGAGGAAUGUUCAGGACUUUCUCGAGUGCCAAGUGCGCAGGCAUAUGCGACUGGAGUUGCAGAUUCCCAAGUAUCCCAAUGUACCUUAACAAGUUCAAAUUAAACAGAAAAACAAUGCAAUUGAAAAGUAUU